CCCUGACCCGGAAGUGCUCGCCGGCUCCCUUCCCUUUUCCGGUAGCUAGGCGGCGUGCGCUAGAAGGCCGUACAGCCAUGAGUGUCCCGGCUUUUAUAGAUGUGUCCGAGGAGGAUCAGGCAGCUGAGCUUCGUGCAUAUUUGAAAUCUAAAGGCGCAGAGAUCUCCGAGGAGAAUUCAGAGGGGGGUCUUCACAUCGACUUGGCCCAAAUUAUUGAAGCCUGUGAUGUCUGCCUGAAGGAGGAUGAUAAAGAUGUGGAGAGCGUUAUGAACAGCGUGGUCUCUCUGUUACUGAUAUUGGAGCCAGACAAGCAGGAAGCUCUCAUCGAAAGCCUAUGCGAGAAACUUGUCAAAUUUCGGGAAGGUGAACGGCCAUCUUUAAGGCUGCAGCUGCUGAGCAAUCUGUUCCAUGGCAUGGAUAAGGGUACCCCAGUCAGGUACACGGUGUACUGCGCCCUCGUCAAGGUGGCAGCUACCUGCGGAGCUAUAGUAUACAUUCCAACAGAUCUUGACCAGGUUCGAAAAUGGAUCGUUGACUGGAACCUCAGCACAGAGAAGAAGCACAUUCUACUCAGACUAAUCUAUGAGGCACUUGUGGACUGCAAAAAGAGUGAGGAGGCAGCUAAAGUGAUGGUGGAGCUGCUGGGAAGUUACACAGACGAUAACGCCUCUCAGGCCCGCGUCGAUGCACACAGAUGCAUCGUGAGAGCAUUAAAAGAUCCCAAGACAUUCUUACUCGAUCACCUUCUUGCUUUAAAACCAGUGAAAUUUUUAGAAGGCGAGCUCAUUCAUGAUCUCCUGACGAUAUUCGUGAGCGCCAAGCUUUCUUCAUAUGUCAAGUUUUACCAGAAUAACAAAGAUUUCAUUGACUCACUGGGUCUCUCGCAUGAGCAAAACACAGAAAAAAUGCGGCUUCUUACGUUUAUGGGAAUGGCGGCGGAAAACAAGGAGAUUUCAUUUGAUACCAUUCAGCAGGAGCUUCAACUUGGAGCGGAUGAUGUGGAAGCCUUUGUAAUUGAUGCCGUGAAAACAAAGAUGGUGUACUGCAAAAUUGACCAGACACAGAAGAAAGUUGUUGUGAGUCACAGCACACACAGGACCUUCGGGAAGCAGCAGUGGCAACAGUUGUACGAUAUUCUCAACUCCUGGAAACUCAACUUAAACAAAGUGAAGAACAGUCUCCAUAGUAUUUCUGACGCUUGAGCAGAAUGAGCAUUGCAGCGGCUCUGGACUUGGACCGUUUGAGCCGUGCCUCCAAUGGAUCGCUCAGAGGCGGUCUAAAUCUAUUUUAAAUAAAGCUGUUUAAUCAUGAAGUGGAAAAGUCAGUAUGAGAUCUUUACCUUCUUUGUAGUAUCUGAAUGCAGCUAAAUAUGCUUUUAUUGUAGUCUCUUACAUAUAUCCGAACCUGGAUGCAGCCAUUGCAAGUGGAAGCAAAAUAUCUAUUGUCUACAUUGCAACACACAACAGAAAUGAGGUUUAUAUAAGGCUAUGUUCACACUGGUAUCGUCACUUCAGUGUCUAUAACUGCAGCCGGGACACUUGACUCAUAAUGGCGUCUGUUGGGGUCCCUAUCAUUUGUCGGCAAGAAUAUCAUCUGCAUGCUGUGUUAUUCUUGAUGUCAAAUUUGAGAACUUCAGGCAGAGACUCCUCCAAUUUAAAGGGUCGUUCAGAAAGUUCAUAUUCUCGAAUAUCUGAUAAAGAUAUUUAGCCACCAGGCCCACUUCAUAUUUCAAUUUAAAGAAAUCUAUGGAAAUUUGGCGCAUACAACCAUAUCCAUUUUGCUGUCCGCAAAACAUGAAUACCGGCCGUGUGUGUCCCACAGUUUCCCAUUUCGCAUGGCCCACACUAUUGUAGAAAGGCCAAAAGCAGACAAGAAUAGGACAAAAAAAUGCAGAUCGGACGUGGAAUGAAAAUAUGGUUGUGUGCAUGAGGCCUUGUUAGGCAAAUGGUUCAGAAUAUAAACUUUAAAUGACCCUCAUGUGAACAGUCUUACAAAAUUAUUUUUUCAUACUGUUAGAUUUAUUAAAGGGGUUAUCCAGGAAUAGAUAUUGAAGACCUAUCCUAUCGGGACCCCUGCCGAUCAGCUUUUAGAAAAGGUCAGGUGCUCAAUGAAUGCCAUGGCUUCUUCCUAGGGCAAUGACGUCACCAUACAUCGGUCACAUGGCCUAGCUGCACCUCAGCCCCAUUGAAGUAAAUAGGGCUGGGCUGCAAUACCAAGCACAGCCACUAUACUAUGUACUACGCUGUGCCUGGAGUGCUGCCUGCUGCGGCGGCUCCCUGAAACGGCUGAUUGGCAGGGGUGCUGGGACUCGGACCCCUGCCGAUGCGAUAAUGAUGACCUAUACUGCGGAUAGGUUAUUAUUUACCAGAAAAUCCCCUUAAAGAAAAAUAGCAUCCCUUCAAUCCUGAAAGAAAAAUAUGUAAUACCACCAUGUAAAUGUAUGAGAUAAAGUUGGCAUGGAAGUGUAUCUAUCUUCAGGCAUGAUCACUGACGAAGCACAGCUUUGGACUCAAUAAUUUCCUUGGCUUAUCUUGGCUCACAUCAGGAAGAUCAUUUGUUUUGAGUGUUAUUUGUCCUGCAGGUAACUCAGAAUUUUGAGUACCCUGGGGACUCUUCAUAUGCUGUCUCGUAUAUAAAAAAUAAACUACUUUGGAAUUUU